AUGUACUUGCAGCAGCAUUCCGCCAUUACAACAACACACGCAUUCUCCUUCCUCCUUGAAGGUACCGUCUCGGUCGCGAAGGAGAGUCUCACCUAUUUGCUGGAUCCCGAAGUCGGCAGUACAACAGGCAAUCUUGUGGUGGUGCCUGUCGGUGGUGCCAGGGAGGCGCUAGAAUCACGGCCUGCCAAAUAUGUGAUCGAACUGAGCAGGCGUUUCGGCUUCUUCAAAAUCGCUCUCACCACAGGUUGUCACCUGAUUCCCUGUCUGGGUUUUGGCGAAACACGGAUGUUUGACCAAGUAUCUAAUCCUCCAGGAUCGCGACUUCGCCAGCUUCAGGAGUGGUUUACCACGAAGGUUACUCUAUCGCCUCCACUGCUAUACUCAACGAGCAUUCUGCCCUAUCGUUUCCCGCUCAACAUUGUCCGUAAGUUGCGCAUACACCAUUGGAUUUGUGUCUCCCUAGUCUUGGGCAGGCCGAUUCUUUGCACGAAGAAUGCCGAUCCCAGCGAAGAGGACGUUUCAGAUCUGCGAGAGCUCUACAGGGAAGCCCUGGUGGAUUUAUUCAACCAGUACCGUCCUCUCUACGACCCAACUGCUCAUGAUAUUGAAUUUAUCUAA